CGCGCGCGAUUUUGGAAUUUUGCAUUUUUGACUUAAGGACCAUCGGUUGGCAGUUAGGCUGUGAGAGAAGGAUUAUUGUUCGACAGAUUGUUGAAUAGUUAGGCUCAGUAUAGUGUGCAGUUUGUUUGGAAGUUGGUGAAGUAUAUCCAUAAAUAGCGGGGAGUGUGUCAAUUUGCCUUUUGGACUGUUGGUUGGAAAACUUGUUUAGUUGUAGUUAUUUUGUUAUCGUCCUUUUUAAGAGUGAGGUUUGGCGGAAUUACUUCGGCCUAACUAUGAGGCAGAGAUUGUAAAGAUACUGCAAAAAAUUUGAGAUCUGCGCCACAAGGACCUGUUCGACUUGAAAAUUAACAACAGACGAAUUACACGAAAAUUACCGCCAGUUCCAAUUGAAUAGUUUGCUUCCUUCCCGGUACCGUCGUGCAUAUUUCAUAUCAAACUGGCAGUCGCUAUAGAAAUGAACCCUCAUUUUCAACCCUACACGGAUUUAUCAUCGCCAAACACCCCAAGUCCGGACGGCAAUUAUACGAAUCUCGGCGGAACAGGAACGGGCGGGGUUGGAGGCAACGGAACCAGUGCAAACAGUGGAGGCGGUGCUGGUGGUGGUGUUAUUACGGGCAACGGUAAUACAAUGGUCCAUCAUCAGAAUGGUCACCCUCAACAGAUGCCAAUGGACGGCGGUGGACAAACAAAUUUUCAUCACCUAAACAAUAAUAGUCCAGUCAAGCAUUGUGCAGGAUGUGGAGGGAAAAUAGUUGAGCGAUUCUUCCUGCACGCCUUAGAUCGAUACUGGCACAACUCCUGCUUGAAGUGCUACUGCUGCGGAGCAAUGCUGGCGGAUAUCGGGUCCAGCUGUUUCACUAGGAGCGGAAUGAUUCUUUGCAAAGCGGAUUACUCCAGGAUGUUCGGAACAACAGCAUGUUCAGCAUGUGGACAAACGAUAGCAGCCAAUGAGUUUGUGAUGAGAACCACAUCACCCAUAAGCAAUCAGCAGCAACAGCAGCAACAACAACAGCAACAGCAAACGACGACGACGCCCGCUUCCAUUAUGGAAGGCAGUCAAAAACAUUUCCCGAACCAGCUUGUCGAACAUCAUGUAUUCCAUUUGAAAUGCUUUGCCUGCUCAAAAUGUGCAUCACAAUUACGUCCUGGCGAUAGAUACUACAUGAUAGCAAGCAGUUUAGUAUGCGAACAAGACUGGCAUAAAUUAGUGAAAAAUCCAACCCCAAAUCCACCAGUCCGUAAGGGCAAAGUAGGGAGACCUCGGCGUUCACGUGACUGAGACGCUGU